CACCCGAGCCUCUUGUCUCCGCUUGCCUCCACCCGGGACUCUAGAUGUAAAGCGGAGUCCUCUAAUAAGUAACCCCCCCGUCUCCCGCGUUCAGUAUCUGUCUCGAUCUCCUUGCAAUACUUGAAACCUUGCAUCUGGCUGUUAGACUGCAUUCAUUUUGGAGCGCCAACGCCGUGCGAACCAAACAAUGGCCUCCUCUCGCAUGCUUUACCUGAUCCUCGUGGCCACUGUCGCGACCUUGGGAGUCGCAAGCUGUGUCGAAGGACAGGUUCUAUUCAGCACACUGCCUAAGUCGUUGGUGGUGACUGCUGCUCUUCCCGAUGGCAAACCCAUAGGAGAGGUGAAGACUGGGGAGGACUCAAUUUUGGUGAAAUGGACAGUGAACUCAACCGCAUCAGUUGAUGCCGUCAAGCUCAAGACCAAGCUAUGCUUUGCUUCUGAAAGUCAGGUUCUGCGAGGAUGGCGGGCCACUAACGACGACUUGAAGAAGGACAAGACCUGCUUAUAUGACAUCGCCACACAGGAUUUCUCGAGAACUGGAGGAGAAACUACCUACAAACUUUCCAAGUCUAUCCCCGGUGCCAAAUACUUCGUUCGCGCAUACGCAAUCAACGCUGAAGGCAAACAGGUUGCCACCGGCCAAACCAGCCCUAACAAGGUCGCCAACACCUUCACAGUCAUCCCGAUCAGCGGUCGCAGUACCAGUAUUGAUAUCGCCGUUGGAGUGCUUUCCAUUUUCUCAGUUUCGGCACUCUUCGGGUUCUUCAUCUUCGAGAGCAUUUACUUGAAGAGGAAAAAGGCCGUGUAGUUAUAUACGUGAUUUUCCUAUACACAUCGUAGAGUGAAAGCGGCAUGGAACUUACAGAGAGGACAGACACAGUAAGAUGAACUUGCCACUCAAAUUAUGUUUGGCUAUUUGUUAUAGGUUUGCUCUGUAAGUCAUUCCAUUGCGGUAGACAAAAAAAAGAAAAAAAGAAGUAAAGGGAUUCAUCACUAAAGAGUUGUAAACGAAUUCAACUCUUUCACAGGGGUGGCUGAAUUUUGCUGAAAACUGGUGUACAGAUGGAGUCAAGGUAGAGUUAGACCAUAUUAAGAAAUUCAUUAUUUGUACCAAUUAGAGUAAUGUGGAAAUAUAGAAGACUUCUGAAUGGGCACGCAUGCUCUUACGAUUUGUAAGUGACCAUCUUACUCAUGAAAUAUUGAUAAUUUGAGGGCAAAAUACUGACGUUC